AUGUCCUUCGCUGUCCUGCCUCGCGCCAUCAUGUCGCUGUUCCGCAUGCGGCCCUCGGAGCCCGCUCCUGCGGAGAAGGCCGCUGUCGUCCCAGGCGCUCUGCCCGAGGUCGCCUACUUGACCAUCGAGACCCUCUCCGGACCCGACUAUCAGUUUGAUUCCGAGGGCCUGUUCUCCGACGAGGUUCGCGGCAUGCUCCACGAGAACUACGCCAUCCGUCCCCUGGCCAGCGAUGACUUCCACAAAGGCUAUGUCGAGACCCUCUCGCAGCUCACCACUGUCGGCAAUCUGACGGAGGAGCUCUUCCAGGAGCGGUUCGCCCGCCUGAAGCGGUUCAACGAAAUCUACUACUGCAUCGCUAUCGAGGACCUCACCAGCAACAAGAUUGUCGGUCUUGGCACCAUCAUGAUCGAGGACAAGUUCAUUCACGAGGCCGGUCGCGUUGGCCACAUCGAGGACAUUGUUGUCAACGACUGUGCCCGAGGCAAGAACCUUGGCAAGAUUAUCAUCGAGGCCCUGAAGUUCAUCGGCAAGGAAAAGGGAGCCUACAAGACUCUCCUGGCCUGUUCGCAGCACAACAUCGGCUUUUACGCCAAGUGCGGCAUGGCCCAGAAGGAGGUCGUUAUGUCGGUGUACUAUUGA